UCCGAUUAAGAUUUUUGUCAGCAAAGGGGUGUAGUCAAAAACGGCCUCAAAACUCAAGGCGGCUACACAAUAGACAAAAUGACCACAAAGACAUAGUCAAAACGGCCACAAAAAUGUCAUAACAGUCACAAUGACCACAUGUAAAAAGUCAGAUUAGCCCUUGUGGCCCUUUAUAGACUGUGGGUUGUAGCUGUUUUGACAUUACCUUUUGAAGCCGUUCUGACAUGAGGCCGUUUUGACCUGCUCCCCUCCACUGGUCUCAUCUAAUUUCAAGAUCUCCCUAAACAGUGCCGGAAAGGUGACAGCGCCGAGGCGCUUUAUUCAAAUGUACCUGUGGAUUCUCCCUAAAAUUAAACUAGACAGUGACAGAUGAAAAAUAUGUCUCAGAAAGUGAAGAAAAAGCACUACUACAGGCAGGGUGAUGUUGUUGCCAUUGAAGAAGAUGCAACACAUGAAUUUAAAGGUCACCGCAACCUGGCAAUUGAAGAGCUACCGCCCUGGACGAAAGAGACCAAAACAUCAAGAGCAUCAAGAAGGGCUGUGUCAAGGGCUCUGAAUGCCUUCCUCAAUACAGGCAAAGGUGGGACUGUCUAUCUUGGAGUCAUUGAUGAUGGCACCGUCCUGGGUCUGAAGCUCACACUCUAUCAGAAAGACCAUGUAGUGUCCAGUGUGCAGGACCUGUUCUCUCGCUACCAUCCCCCUGUCCCCACACACAGGUACAUGGUGAAGUUCGUCCCGGUGUUGGGGGAGAGCAGCACAGAGGAACAGGUGCUCAGGCUUAUCUCUAAGUCAGACAGUGACUAUUCCGACACCUCCCAGAGACAUCGAGCCCACGUGUUCCGUUCCCAUCACUACUGCUGGUGUGAUAAAGAUGCAGUGGCACAGAUCAACAUGGGGGUGCUGUCUCCGGACUAUGUGAUAGAGAUUACAAUCAAGCCGUGGGACCCUGCUGACCCACGCAGCACUGACGGGGUGGGGACCGUGGUGAACCUGCAUCCCAUACAUGAAGAUGAGGAGGGCAAUGUCUACAUGAGGAGACAGGCCAGUGUUGUCAAGUAUACGUUGAAUGAAAUUGCCCAGUUGACACGGCAACAGGUGAAGGAAGAGUGUGAGGCAGAGAUCAGAAGGUUAAAGAAAGAAAUAUCUAGCUUGUCUUGCCCAACUGAUGCUGAAGAUCAGAACACCAGCCAACGGCCCUGAUGUCUGGACAGCUGUGUUUGAUGUGACCAGAUGACAAGAACUUGAAACCAACAUGCUGUGCAGUCCCACAUGAUGAAUAGUGUGUCACAUGAUGUGAUGAUCAGAGUGUCAUGUGAUCUAAUGGUCAGUGUGUCACAGGAUCUGAUGUCAGUAUGUCAUGUGAUCUAAUGGUCAGUGUGUCACAUGAUGUGAUGAUCAGUGUGUCAUGUGAUCUAAUGGUCAGUGUGUCACAUGAUGUGAUGAUCAGUGUGUCAUGUGAUCUAAUGGUCAGUGUGUCACAUGAUGUGAUGAUCAGUGUGUCAUGUGAUCUAAUGGUCAGUGUGUCACAUGAUGUGAUGAUCAGUGUGUCAUGUGAUAUAAUGGUCAGUGACACAUGAUGUGAUGAUCAGUGUGUCAUGUGAUCUAAUGGUCAGUGGCACAUGAUGUGAUGAUCAGUGUGUCAUGUGAUAUAAUGGUCAGUGGCACAUGAUGUGAUGAUCAGUGUGUCAUGUGAUAUAAUGGUCAGUGGCACAUGAUGUGAUGAUCAGAGUGUUGUGAUCUGAUGGUCAGUGGCACAUGAUGUGAUGAUCAGAGUGUUGUGAUCUGAUGGUCAGUGGCACAUGAUGUGAUGAUCAGAGUGUUGUGAUCUGAUGGUCAGUGGCACAUGAUGUGAUGAUCAGAGUGUUGUGAUCUGAUGGUCAGUGGCACAUGAUGUGAUGAUCAGAGUGUUGUGAUCUGAUGGUCAGUGGCACAUGAUGUGAUGAUCAGAGUGUUGUGAUCUGAUGGUCAGUGUGUCGUCAGUAAUGAUGUUAUGAUGUGAUCAUCAGUGUGUCACAUGAUGUGAUGGUCAGUGUGCCCCUUGAUGUGACAAAUAAUCUGAUACAAUGAAUAAUUGGAUAUAACCAAUUCAGUUAUAAUCCCUAUGUAUUUGGGAAACAAGAACUUAUAUUUUUAUCAAAAAGACUGUAUCCAGAAAUUAGUACUUUUGUUCUUUACUUGUAUCAGCAGCUGAGACAAUCAUACACCAGCCCAAAGAUGAAACAAGAUGGGAACUAAAUCAGGUUCAUAUGAUUUGUUAAUAGUGAAUCUGGACAAGACAAUCCAGUGAUUGAUAUUAUGAGUGUAUGUUGGCUCGCCAUCAGAUCUACUAAGUCACCUCUUACGACUAGUAUAGUGUUCAAGGGACCAAUUGUAACCCGGAUCCCAAAUGGUUCCCAAUUUAGCCGCCUCUUGGGAGUAGUGUUGUGGUGAUGCGGACACAAAGCAUGUUCAAAGCCAACAUGAAAUGAAAAAACGACAUCAACCCCCACUUGUAGUUAUAAUAGAACUUCCAAAGGACACUUACCAAAGAUAUCAAAAGAAUAUCACUAAUGACAAAAAAUAGCAAUGCAUAGGUGGUAACUCUACUUUGUAAUUUCAUUUCGUAGAUGAAACAUAUUCCAUGUUUCACUAGUACAUGAAACUGAUUUUCUUUUUUUCACUGAUACAGUGUCACAAAUCAGUUUCAUUGUCUUGGAUAGUGUAAUUAUCAAUUAGCUUUGACAUUUGCAUGAUUCAAUUUCCUGGGAAACUAAAAAGUACUUUUCACAUGGAAAAAAAGUCACAAACCCAUUUCCAUAAUCAUAAAAAAAUCUCUGCUAAACGUACACUGCGACACAGAUUGUUGGUUUACAUCAAAUAUCUGUAACAGAUUACGAGCUGCGUAAUCUGAGCAAGAAGUCUAUACGUUGGCGUCAUGUUACCUCAACGCUAUUGACUUAGAUGUUACGUCCUCGCGUUGCACAUUUCUGAAAGCACCAGGCGCCUUCUAUCAGCAUGACCGUAUUCGCCCCCACACAAUUUGGUACAGACCUCCUAAGAGCUCAGCACAUACAAUAUUGCUGUUGCCGCAGUGGAGCAUCUGUGGGAUGAGCCAAACAGGCGUUUCCGUCAACGUCAAUCAGGGCCACAUAAUCAGCAACUGAUAUUCCGAGCUACGACGAGGUCACGCCGUCGGGGUACAUUACACGCACACAACCAAGCCACCGGUCCUGACCAUGACUGUGAGUGAAUCACAUGAUCCAAAAAGAGAGUGGGUCACGUGAUCCAGCAUGCAGUGUGUCGCACGAUCUGUUGGCCAAUGUGUCAAAUGAUCCGUAACUCACAUUAUCCGUUUUAAACAACAGUCAGAUGUUAAAUUGAAAUAAACACUAAAACAAUCACAACCUUUCUAGUGUAUUUUAUUUACGAGAAAAUACAAAGUCAAUGAGUACCGAAAACAAGAUGCCCCUAUAAAACAUAUCAUUGAUACUGAUAUGAAUAUAUAUAAGUCAAUACACAUAAUUAGACAAUGUGUAUAGUGACUAAAUAUGUCAGUCAAUAUGUAUAUUGAGUGAUUCAUUCAGUUAAUAUACAUAGUGACUGACAUUUUCAGUCAAUGUACAUACUGCUUAAAUAAAAUGAGACUGGAUUUUAGACAGAAUGACUGAAAUGAAUUAAACUCCUUAAUUUAAUCUUAUUUUAAUUUGGAUCUAUUUUGAUCUUACGAAGAGAUGGCCACGGGAUCCAAAGUCCUUCGACAGGAUGGGUUCAACACCUUCACCCUUAGUUGUGAUUCGUUUAUUCUGUUUCUGACAUUUCUGACAAAGUGAUUCGUACUGUUCUCCUACCUGACGAGUGACAUUAGCAUAUUUUGUCAAUGCCAAACAUUUUGUCACACCCACCACAGAUUUAACACGUGAAUAUAAAUAUAUGGCUUUCGCUGUUGUGAGGGUUUGUUUAGGAGUGCAAAAUACAUUUUCCAUUCCAUUUUACGUGGCCUUGACAUUGAUCACGUAUGGUGCCUGAAUGUACACAGAAUGACAGCUCUGUCUCGUACACAUUAAGAUACACACUGCAAGUCUUGUACACUAGGCAUAGGUGCUUCCUCUGUGGAGAAGUAAAUUCAACCGUCAGUCAUAUAACGUUUUAAAUAUAACAAAUUAUCGGAUGUAAUAAUCCCCAAGCAACCAUAAUGUACACUAUAAUUUAUGCUUAAAUGUUCAAUUUUAAUAUUCCUUUUAACAAUGCCUACUGGUAUGAAUCUAAAUAAGCACAAAAUAAGAAAUGAUUCUGGUGUAUACAUAUAUUGCUUUUCGGUCAUUUUGAAUAGUGAAAUAUAAAAAAAACGGAACAUGUAUUACACUUUCCUUCGCCUGCUCCGAAAUAACAUAUUCCACUUCAAACAUGUAAAAAAGUGGGUUCUCAUUGUGUUA